AUGGGCUGGCAAAAGACCUUUACGUUGUCCAAACGGAGCAAGGGCUGUCAUCUAGUGACCAACGAGAUCAUGCAGCACAUCGAGCCUGGCUUGCGUGAUGUUCAGGUUGGCAUGCUCUUUCUCUUCAUACAGCAUACAUCGGCCGCUCUCACAAUCAACGAGAACUUUGAUAGCGAUGUCCGUAGCGACAUGGAUAUGGCCCUUGACAACAUAGUCCCCGAAUCACUUAAUUGGGUGCACACCGACGAGGGACCGGACGACUCCGUUUCACACACCAAAACGUCCCUCAUCGGCCCGACUAUUUCUAUGCCCAUAACGAACGGUAAACUGAACCUCGGCACCUGGCAGGGUAUUUACCUUACCGAGUUCCGACACCUGCCACAUAGCCGACGGAUUGUGGCCACGGUCCUGUCUUGA